CUAAAACUGGACGAGGUACAGCUUUGUGAACAAGAGUCUUUAAGACAGAAACUUCAAAGUGAACAGGAACUGCUCAACGCCUAUCAGAGUAAACAAAGCAAUCAAUUAAAGUUACAACACGACAGAGAGGAAAAGGAGCUUCAGGAGAAAGUGUCAGUGCGACGAGCUCUUCUCGAACAAAAGAUGUUCCARGAAACAGAGAAACUACAGCAACUAAGACGAGACAAGACUCGUCAACUGGAAGAAAGACACACUCGUGAACUAGAAGACUUUGAUAACGAUGCCGACCCGGAUAACUAUUCGACGGCUUCAUGGAAACUACGUAGCAUUAGCAGUGUAACCAGUCUAAGUAAUCUAAGUUCUUCCAGUUCGGUCAGUGCGUCCAGCGCUCAGGGCACCAAUGAGAAUAACGGCGCACUGCGAGCGCAACCAGCUUCAAAUGAAAGGCUAACGGUAAAUUCACUUCGAGUCUAAAAACAAUACUGUGUUCAAGGUCCAUAAAGAUAUCACAUCUACAAGAUAAACUGCCAGCAAAAAGCCCAGUAUCCUAAUGGCACGGUCCGUUCAAAAGCGCGACCUUGUAUAGAUUAUUAGCAACUAGGCGUUUUAUAUUCAGAUGUGGUAUAAUUAUCUUGAAAAAAAGUGUUUCUUAUUUUUAAUCGGACGAAUACGAUAGUGUCAAACAAAUGAUUCGUUCUAAGAAAAAGUUCCGAAUUAACAAGAAAAUAAUACAAAGCAAAGCCCUCGUGAAUUUUUUUUUAAAAAAGGUAAGUUCUUGAGAUGUUUACUUGACUACCUCUGUAAGUUUUUUCAGAUUCGUAAGAAGUGCUGCGAUUGUUCAAUCAAUUGUUCAAUCAAAUAAUGAAAAGAAAAAGAAGUUUUUGGUCAAGAUACACCGUCUGGUGAAAAUGGAACGAAGUGUUUGKGUUUAAUGACGAUUUUAAACUGAGCGACAUUCGGGUAUCCAAAUUUCCAAAUAUAGAUAAAUUUCGAGUCAGUUGAUGCUUUUUGUUUAAAUUUGUUGACCAAAAAAAGGAUACGGGUAGUAAUCGUGAGAUUCGUUAAAUCGAGCUACAACGUUGGAAAUAUUCAGACUUCUAAAAAUAAAGCAAUUUGGCGUUGCUCGCAAUAGAAAAAAUCAAGAUUUUUUUCCUUUUCGGAGUAUGAAAAAAGAUUAGGAGGGGACUUAGCUCGCAUGGAAUUCUGGCGUCUCCGAAGCUCAUUCCAAAUGUGAAGAAGCGUGUUCGUUCCCAAUCUUCUUUUGCAAUUCUGGAAAGGGAAAUCCUUUGUGAUAAUAAUAAUACUUAAUACAAAAUAUUAGUUUGAUAAAUGUGUUAUUAUAAUUAAUUAUUGUCUAUAGCAGUGAUAUAAUUGCCCAGAUCCCACUCCUAUGGAAUGGGUUGGGGGUUCUAAAUGUAAUGCCCUAUUUUUAUAAAUACGAUCAAUGUUAUUGGUUUUCAAGAGGAGGCAAAGGAGGACCAAAGCUUUUUUUUACUUGGUCUCUCUAUCCUGGCGUGUGAUUAAUUCAGUAAAAUUGAUUAUGAGCUAUUAUGCCUUAUCUUUGUUUUACCGUUUCCAAUAUAAAUGAUUUGGGCUCGAAAGGUUUCUUGAAAAUUUUAUCAGAUGGUGCAAUCUGUGUAUAGCUUCUGUUAAUUUGUGAGUAUAGUACAAUCCAAAGCACUUGUAUAUUUUGUUGUGAAAGCAACAGCUUUAUAAAACCACAAACAAAACAAGAGCGGUUGCUCUAGCAGGUCACGUGAUAAUUCAGUAUCCGCCAUGUUGGUCAGCACACUUAAUAUUUGAAUGACGGCCAAACGAUUUGCAGAAAAUUGUUCUGGAUAAUUGCAGUAAUGUGGUAUAAAAGAAACCUCUUGCACUCCGCUCAAAAAGAUUUUUUCCUUCCAAAAGUCCUACCUAUGUCUUUAAUGUUAAUAUUUUUUGCCAUUUUACAUGAAGGAGAAUGAUUACAUGACAGACCUGCUAUUGGAAGUCGUUCAUUAUAUUUCUAUUCUGUUGAGCAAAAUCUCUCGUAAAAAUACCUCGACUUGCCUUCUAGGUAUUUUGAUCGUCCAAAAAUUCCGAUUGUAAAAAGGAAGUAGAAUCUUCGAUCUUUAUUGGAAAUUAAACUUUACAUUACAGUA